GGCAAACUGCCCCAGCCCUUAGUGAGGUCAUUAAAAAUGGUUUAAACAAAUAUAGUGAUUCCUUGAAAUCUAAGCUCAUAAUGCAGACCUAUGAUGGAGCUGCUGUGAUGAGUGGUCAUAUUAAUGGUCUUCAAACCUUGAUUCGUCAAGAUUACCCCUUUGCUUUCUUUUUCCAUUGUGCAGCGCAUAGACUAAAUCUAGUACUUUGCCAAUCUGCCUUAAAUAUCAAGGAAGUUAAACUGUUUUUCUCCAAGAUAUCUGCAUUUUGUACUUUCAGUAAGCCUAGUUCUGAUCGGAAGGCUCAUUUCAAUGCUUAUGGUGUUGAUAUUCCUAAUCCAGGAGAAACAAGGUGGUACUACAAGUCAAGAACUGUUAAGGCUAUAUCUCAAGGCUUUGAUGUGAUUAAGAUAGCUUUAACUGAGAUCACUGAUAACCCCCAAAAUUGGUCUGAUGAAACAGUUGAGAAAGCUGAUGGCCUUCUUCAUAGUCUAGAAUGUUUCCUUUUAUGCUUUUUACUUGAGCUGUAUUUUAAAAUUUUGCAAAAGUCAUCCAUUCUGUAUGAUAUUCUACAAGAUAGGUCUGUUCAUUUUUCAUAUGCAGUUGAUAAAAUGCAUGAUUUUAGCAAACAUCUUUGUGAUGGUUUGUGUAAUGAUGCUGCAUUUGAGAUGUUAUACUGAUGCUCUAGCACAGGCUGGUGGUGCCCCUUCGACAAGGUCUGAGCAAGCCAUCAACUACAAAUCCCUCUAUUUUGAAGUCAUUGACAACAUUGUUGCUAUGACAGAGAAUCGUUUUUGUGAUGUUGAGAGUUUUCCUUUUUUUGAUUUGGUAAAUCCAAAAAUAUUUCCACAGUGGGUUGAUGGUACUGUCCUGGCUGAUAAGAUCCAACAGUUGACUGAGAAGUAUAUCCAGGUUGAUGAUCUUGGCAAGAUCUUACCAUGA